CACAGCUUUGAUCCGCGCGCACCGACCUACCAACCGGCUAGCGAGGAGCUCUCUCUCGGAUCGCCCUCUUUCUCUCCCGCCUUGCUCCCUCUUUAUUCCUCCACAUAUAUUCGGUACCGGGUCUUCCGCGGAUAAAUGUAAUCGGAGCUCACAGUGGGGAGACGCUGUUGUCGCUUUUCCACCAUGGAGGACUGUUGUUCCCUGGAAAACGAGAGGAUGGAAGCGUGGCUGGACGACCACUUGGAGUUCACCCAUUCCUACUUUGUCAGAAAGGCAUCAAGGGAGAUGGUGAAUGCCUGGUUUGCUGAACGCAUCCAUUCCUUUCAGCCAUCUGUGUCCAAAGAAAGUCCUUCACAGCAGCGAGCCCACCAGUCCACCACUGACCUUGGCCCUUCCUGUGCCUCCACCAUCCUCCCACCUAGCCUCAGCCACUUGGACAACCGCUGUCCUUCCCCAGCUACAGUCUCCAGCCCGGCCCCUGGCACCCCAACUCGCAAAAUCUCAGCGUCAGAGUUUGACCGCCCACUCAGACCCAUUGUGGUUAAAGACUCAGAGGGCUCUUUGACAUUUUUGAGUGACGCUGACCGUGAAAUUGUCCCUGUGAGGGGCUUGGUGAUGGGUGAGGGUGGUAUUGGUGGGGGAGGUGGGAAUGGAGGUGGUGGUGGUCUUGAGGGUGACCGCUGUGCCAGGCUGCUGGAGCUGGUGAAGGAUGUAUCGAGUCAUCUGGAUGUGACAGCGCUCUGCCAUAAGAUCUUCCUCCACAUCAAUGAGCUGAUUGCUGCAGACCGCUACUCACUGUUUCUGGUGGGUGAGGAUAGCUCAAACAGGAAGUUCUUGGUCAGCCGGCUGUUUGAUGUGGCAGAAGGAACCACACUGGAAGAAUCUUCCAGUAACUCUAUCCGACUGGAGUGGAACAAAGGGAUUGUGGGACACGUAGCUUCUACGGGACAACCACUCAAUAUCAAGAAUGCUUACGAGGACCCCAGGUUUAACGCUGAGGUCGACCAUAUCACAGGUUACAAAACCCAAAGUAUCCUUUGUCUGCCUAUCAAGAACCACAGAGACGAGGUAGUUGGAGUGGCUCAGGCUAUAAACAAGAAAUGCGGGGACGGUGGAGCCUUCACUGAGCAGGAUGAAAAGGACUUCUCAGCUUAUUUGGCGUUUUCAGGCAUCGUACUACACAACGCACAGCUGUACGAGACGUCGCAGCUGGAAAACAGACGCAAUCAGGUGUUGCUGGACCUGGCCAGUCUGAUCUUUGAGGAGCAGCAGUGUCUGGAGGUUUUACUGAGAAAGAUUGCAGGAACCAUCCUGUCCUUCAUGCAGGCCCAAGCUUGUACCGUCUUCAUCGCUGACGAGGAUGCAAUGAACACUUUCUCCAGCGUCUUUCACAUGGAUUAUGAGGAACUGGUGAAGGACUUUGCUGGUGAAGUCCUAGAUGCCCCAAAAAGGGGCCACGAUAACAGCCAGAUUAACUAUAUGUACGCCCAGUAUGUUAAAAACACCAUGCAGCCUCUGAACAUUGCCGAUGUCACCAAGGACCAGCGCUUUCCUUGGACGAGUGAAAACCCAGCUCACUCUAGCAAUCAGAUAAAGAGUUUGCUCUGCACUCCCAUCAGGAAUGGCAAGAAGGACAAAGUCAUUGAGACGUUUACAAACUGGGGAGACAAAGGGACGAAACACAGAGAGAUGAACAUGGGAACAGGAAGGGAGAAAACACAGGGCCAGGACUACAAAGGUAUUCACAGAGACAGAACACAGAGAGACCAGGUCUUGUCGUAUCAUGCCUCUGCUGCAGAUGAAGAAUCACGGGAACUCCAGUUAGCAACCAUUCCAUCAGCCCAGUCGCUCCAUCUUCUGGACUUCAGCUUCAGUGACUUUGACUUGUCAGAUACUGAAACCACGCUGGCUACUGUGCGGAUGUUUGUUGACCUCAACCUGGUCCAAAACUUUCAGAUGAAGUACACGAGUUUAUGUCAGUGGAUUAUGAGUGUUAAGAAGAACUACAGGAAGAAUGUGGCCUAUCAUAACUGGAGACAUGCCUUCAACACAGCCCAGUGCAUGUUUGUUGUCCUCAAGUCAGGGCACUUACAGAGCUAUAUGAGUGAUUUGGAGGUGCUGGCUCUAAUGAUUGCAACACUCUGCCACGACCUGGACCACAGAGGAGUCAAUAACUCCUACAUACAGAGGAGUGACCACCCACUGGCCCAGCUGUACUGCCACUCCACCAUGGAGCAUCACCACUUCGAUCAGUGCCUCAUGAUCCUCAACAGCCCUGGAAACCAGAUCCUGAGCGGCCUUUCUCUGGACGAGUACAAGGCCACUCUGAAGAUGAUUGAAAGGGCUAUUCUGGCCACUGACCUCGCCCUGUACAUGAAGAGGCGAGGGGAGUUCUUUGAGCUGACCAAGAACAACCAGUUUGUUUGGGAGGAUGAACACCACAGAGACCUGCUGAGGUCAAUGCUGAUGACUGCAUGUGACAUCUCUGCCAUCACUAAGCCCUGGCCAGUACAAAAAAGGAUAGCAGAGCUGGUGGCCACUGAGUUUUUCGAGCAGGGGGAUAAGGAGAGGCAAGAGCUGAACAUUGAACCAAUUGACCUGAUGAAUCGUGAGAAAAGGGAUAAGAUACCAAGCAUGCAGGUGUCCUUCAUUGAUGCCAUUUGCAUUCAGUUAUAUGAGACCUUGGCUGGCUUAUCGGAGUAUUGCUCCCCGUUGUUGGAAGGAUGUCAGAAAAACCGGCAGCAGUGGAAGUGUUUAGCCGAGGAGUGUGAGAAGGGGCUUGUCAACGGCUUGGUGUGAUCCAAACACCAGUUUGGUUUUCAUCCAACUCAGAUUUCCAGAGUUCUACAUUUUCAACCUAUUCUCAUUAAAAUUAUCUAAUAGCGUAUUGUGUGGACUGACAGUGAGGUAGAAAAGUAAUUUUCCUAUCAUGAAAUAAAACACUAGCUAUGGUCUGAUAAUAGAAGAGGUCACUUGCCUUGAGCAGUCUUAAUACUUUAAGACUUAAUCUAUUACGGUUGAGGUGCCGCAGUCAGGUUUCACAGUUUGUCUUUCUUUUCCUUGUUGUAAUCUGAAGUCUACUCACCCGGCAAAGCGUUUGCUCAGAUAUAGGAAAAUUACAAACGAUCAUGCAUAGCCAUGCCAAUGAGUACAAGUUAAAAGAUAAAGUAAGAUAGAAAAAAAACUGUAAAAACAUCUACAAGUCAGUCAGUUGACUUGUUGGUAAUCUGCCUAGACUUGUCAGCACUUUUCCUGUCUCCCGGAGUAUCAGUAAAUCUUGUGAGUACUUUUCACAACAGAUAAAAAUAGAUAAACUAUGAAAUAACAUCAAAGUUGUACCUGUCCACCCCCACUAUCGAACAUUCGUUAAAAAGUUGUAUGCUAGUUUUACAGCUAAGCCCUACCAUGAACAGAAAGGAAUGAAAUGUGUCCAUAACAAGAAAUCAUUGUUUCUGAGGUCAUGGUCAUUUUAUCCUGUCACCACCAUUUUUUUCUCACUCACCAGAGAUAAUAACAAAGUCAGCACUAAGCUAUAUUUAUUACAUAGACACUGUUAUUUUUGCAUAGAGUGGCUUUCAUAUUGAUGGUCUCACCUACACUAUCUGUGACAGGUAGUGAACUUUAGGGAACACUGAAUGGUUAAGCUGCAUACACUGGAAGCUCUACAUAUUUACUUCCAGGUCAUAUGUAUUCUUUAUUCCUAUUGGUAGUUGCUUCGGUCUCUUGCCUAGAAGUUGAAAAAAAAUUAUCUUCCCUUAGCAAAUAGGAAAUGGUAAACGGACUGAUUCUUAUUUAGCACCUUUCUACUCUGCCUGCACAUUCAAAGAAUUUGCCUGUGGUUAUUUCAUCUGUAAUCACUUGAAGUUGUGGGAUGUGAUUCACUUUGAAUGGUCUGUAUUCACUAUGUCGCUUCCAGUGUUCAUGGAGCUUUAGCACCAUUGGCACCAUUCUAGUGGGAUGAAAACAAUGCAACUACUAUAUACUUUACAUAGUGUCACAAUAAUCUUAUAGACUUGUUAUAUGUCUUCACGGCACACACACACACACACACACACACGACGUGGGUUUGAGUCUUUCGUACAUUUUACUCACUGUCUUAACUAUUGCAUAUUUAUUUUUGUUUUAUAUAUUUAUUAGAGUCUAUAUUGUAAGGUCAUUCUUUUGUCAAAGCACACAAUUAUCUAGAAAAUGUUUUCAUAUGUGGAAAAAAAAAUCCCGUCUUUUUUUAUAGGCCCUUUCUUAGGAACAACUGCUUCUUCUGAUGACAUUUGGAAAUGUUCUGUAUUGUGUUAUUUGGAAUUUAGAUUUUCUAUUUUUCCAGCUGUAGGAAGAGCCAAAGACUAGAUCUGUGAUUUCAAAGGAAAAUGGAUCUAGAUGUUGCCACUGCCUUGUUGCGAUAAAGUACACAAUUCAGUUUUACAGAACCACUUAUUUUUAUUUAUCCAUGUCCAGUAAUGCUGUUUAUGCAUACCAAUUUUACAAACUGAACAACGGAGUAAUAUCUACAGAAUAUAAAGUAUGAUUUACUCACCGAGGGUGGCAUCUAGCUCUGAUACAUUGUGACGGUGUAUAAUUUCUAUUUCUGUAAACCUGAUUUUCUGAUGGGUAAAUGUAAAAAUCUGUUCAAACAAGAUAUUUGCUACAAGGAAAAAAAGGAUUCUUUAACAUUUAGAGCAGUUUCUGUUGCACUACAAAGACUGACUGAACAACAGAAUUUGGCAGAAAAUUUCAGUAUGUAACCCAGAAUGUAUCCAGGAGCAACUUUUUCAUUAGAUAAAGAUAUUAAGUGUUUCAGCAUUUUGAUGUGUUUGGGUUCACUGCUGUCCACCCUUUAGAGGCAGAGGUUUUCAGUCUGUAGUAAGAGGCGAGGUGUCAUCACCAACACAUUUAAAAGAACAAUCUGGUACCUUUGGACCUUGUGAAAUGCAGGUUUUUGCUGAUCCUGCAAGAAGGAACAAUUACUCCUCAAUAAAAGUGAUUUCAGCAUGUCCACACUAGGAAUAAAUAGAAAAUGCAACAUUACUGUGACAUUUUUCUGUACACCUAGAAUGUUUGUUAAUAUCUAGUUUUGAAGGAUGCUACUGUUACCCUUCAGAACUCUUUUUUUUAUGCAGAAAAGAAAAAGUUCUGUUUUGGUAAAUGAAACUGCUAAAUCAGCAGAACUGGUAAAACAGUUAAUUGUCCAGCCAAUAAACUGUUGAUGAGGAGUCACAGAGGUCUGUGCAUUUAAUGAACAGCUUACUAAUGGACAUGACAGAUUCAUUUAAACUCAAGCACUUUUGUAGAUGUACAUGCUCAGAAAGUUAAUUUGUGUCCGUGGUUGUCAUUUGUACAUUGAAUAAGUCUCCAGGACUAUUUUACUUGUGCCUGUAGCUUAGCCUCUGUGCUCUCUGGAGAAAAAAAAAAAAAAACCCUCACUGCUUGGUUGUCAGUUUUUUCUUUUGCAUGUAUAUGAGAGGGCAUUACACGACAGAUGGAUUUUUUUAGGUAAGAGAAUUGUGGGUUUUCUUUUGCAAAAUGUAAUAUGCUGAUACGGUACUAUGAUGGUGUUACACAUCUGCAACUGUCGACACCUUUCAACACUGUGAGCGAAGUGAAUAGUAUGUCCCAUUAAAUAAUACUUAUUUA